AUUCUUUUAAUUUUCGUUGAUUGACGCGGUCGUGGUGGCUGCUCGCAGUGAGUGUUACUUUCUAAAUUUUGCGUGGAAAGUAUAGAAAUAAGGGAAAAAAAAACACAAGUUUAGUUCCUGCCACUACGUUAUAUUAAGUGCAACAGAAUGGGAAUCAAAUUCCUGGAAGUUAUUAAACCCUUCUGCAGUAUACUGCCAGAAAUUGCAAAGCCCGAACGCAAGAUCCAAUUCAGGGAAAAGGUAUUAUGGACGGCAAUCACGCUUUUUAUAUUCUUGGUCUGCUGUCAGAUACCAUUGUUUGGCAUCAUGAGCUCCGAUUCGGCUGAUCCCUUCUAUUGGAUUCGUGUAAUUCUGGCCUCAAAUCGUGGUACACUUAUGGAGUUGGGUAUUUCGCCCAUUGUGACAUCCGGUCUGAUUAUGCAGCUGUUGGCUGGCGCCAAAAUCAUUGAGGUCGGUGAUACACCCAAGGAUCGUGCGCUCUUCAAUGGCGCACAAAAGUUGUUCGGCAUGGUCAUUACCAUUGGCCAGGCUAUUGUCUAUGUGAUGACUGGCAUGUACGGCGAUCCUUCGGAAAUUGGCGCUGGCGUCUGUAUGCUUAUUAUUAUUCAGCUGUUUGCUGCCGGCUUAAUUGUGCUGCUGCUGGAUGAAUUGCUGCAGAAAGGUUAUGGCUUGGGAUCUGGUAUUUCGCUGUUCAUUGCCACCAACAUUUGCGAGACAAUCGUAUGGAAGGCCUUCUCACCCACCACUGUGACCACCGGACGCGGCACCGAAUUCGAGGGAGCUGUAAUUGCUUUGUUCCAUUUGAUGGCCACACGUAACGACAAAGUCCGUGCUCUGCGCGAGGCAUUCUAUCGCCAGAAUCUGCCAAAUCUGAUGAACCUGUUGGCAACCAUUUUGGUGUUCGCUGUAGUUAUCUACUUCCAAGGCUUCCGUGUGGAUCUACCCAUCAAGAGCGCUCGCUAUCGCGGCCAGUACAGCAGCUAUCCCAUCAAGCUCUUCUACACUUCCAACAUUCCCAUUAUUCUGCAGUCAGCGCUCGUCUCCAACUUGUACGUUAUCUCCCAGAUGUUGGCCGUCAAAUUCCAGGGCAAUUUCUUCAUUAACUUGCUCGGUGUUUGGGCUGAUGUUGGCGGUGGCGGCCCAGCUCGCUCCUAUCCCAUUGGUGGUCUCUGUUAUUAUCUGUCUCCUCCCGAGAGUGUCGGACACAUUCUAACAGAUCCCAUACACGCGCUGCUCUACAUUGUAUUCAUGUUGGGCUCAUGCGCGUUCUUCUCCAAGACAUGGAUCGAUGUGUCUGGUAGCUCAGCCAAGGAUGUUGCCAAGCAGCUGAAGGAGCAGCACAUGGUUAUGCGUGGUCAUCGCGAGAACUCCAUGAUUCACGAGCUGAAUCGUUAUAUUCCCACGGCAGCUGCCUUUGGCGGUCUUUGCAUUGGCGCUCUGUCUGUCAUGGCUGAUUUUCUGGGUGCCAUUGGCUCCGGCACGGGUAUUCUGCUGGCCGUCACCAUUAUUUACCAAUACUUUGAGAUUUUCGUUAAGGAACAAUCUGAAAUGGGCGGCAUGGGCACGCUGCUGUUCUAAGCAGCUUACCAUUUAAGCUUCAGCAAUAAUAAUCCAACAACAAAUUUCUUCAUCAUUCUCUCACACCCAUGAACGAUCACUUGUUGCGCCUAUGGCCAUUUGAGAAUUAUCUAUCUAAUGUUCGAUUCCACAUAAUUUCCCAAUAGCAUCUUAUAAUUUUAAGGUCUUUUAUGCUAAGACUGUUGGUACUCAUAUAAUGGCCUGGGCUAUAAAUAUUACAAAACAAAAAACAAGAA